UGAGAUGACCAUGGCCGGCUCAGGCCACCGCAGAGACAAGAGGAGUCGGAGCCGCAGCCAGCCAGUGCACUAGGGUCUAGGGCGACUCGCCGAGGUUGUUAACAGCGCAUCCGGACCGGACUUGUUCUUCUUCCGCGGGCGGCGCAGCGGAGGCCUCAGGCUUGUGCGGCUGUACGGCUCCGUCACUCAAUGCGGUGCUAGCCACUUAGCCAGCCAGUAGCCAAGGUCAAGGCUAUCGUCACCCGAGAUUGAAGAUCAAGUGAGUGUUACAAGAAGAUGCUGAAGAAACUGCUAUCAAAGCCCAAGAGCAAGAAGAAGAAGGAGGCUGCCUCCUCUGCCCUCCCCACUUUGGAUAGGCUUCAUGAGACUCUAGAAAUGCUGGAGAAGAAAGAGUGUUUCCUUCAGAAAAAGGCUUCUGCAGAAGUCGAAAGAGCUAAGGACUAUACAAAAGCUAAGAACAAAAGCGCUGCAAUUCAAUGUCUAAAGAAAAAGAAGUUGUAUGAAACACAGAUUGAGCAGCUAGCAAACUUCCAAUUACGGGUUCAUGAUCAGAUAAUAAUGCUUGAGAGUGCAAAGGCAACCACAGAUACUGUUGAUGCUUUGCGCUCUGGAUCAUCUGCUGUCAAAGCUAUUCACCAGUCAGUGAGUAUCGAUGACAUUGAAAAUGCCAUUGAAGAGGCAAAUGAACACACAGAGAAUAUGAGGCAGAUACAGGAGGCCCUUGCAACACCAAUUGGCGCUUCUGCUGAUUUUGACGAGGAUGAGCUAGAAGCAGAGCUGGAAGAUCUAGAGGAGGAAGAGCUCGAGAAUGAUCUGCCUGAACCACCUCAGAGGACAAGUAUGGAACCUUCAGCGAGAGUUACGACUACUCAACCAGCCAAUGAUUUGGCUGAACUGACCAAACUUCAAGCAGAGAUGGCGCUUUGACCGCAGUUUGGACGGAAUUGUCUGUAUUUUGCUGACAUCCUGUUUGUGUAGUGUACUCGUUUUUUAACAUGUUGUAAAUUCAGUUUGCUGUAGAAAAAGCCCUUCCUUUUAUGCUAAUCACUGUGUUUCUUCUUCGCUGUUACCCUGUUGCCAGCACGCAUGAUAUUUUGCUGGUGUUUCGUGUUUGUAGCAUGGCAUACAAGCGCGACGCCAUAAAUGAGUAGAAAA